CAGGGGGGAACGUUCGUUCAGUCCACCACACCGACGUCAACAGAAGCAGCCGCUGCCAGCAGGACUGCUCGGCCACAGCGUGUUAUAGGCUGUGGUAGGCCUAGUUUGUGGUGCCGUGGAUGGUACAAAGGAAAUCCCAGAUUCAGGGUGUUGCAGCCCUGAUCCCUAUCAAAAAUCAUAACACCGCCGCGGCCGCCACGUUUACCAGCCGGAGCCUCAAAUCAUGUCCCUUUGUGGUGAUAAAGAGGACACAGCCUGGUGUGAAGCUACAUUUAUUACGGAAGGAUGCCACCCGGGAUAUCUGUGGAGGCCAAGGGAAAGAAGACUCAAGGAUUUGUCUGCGGCACCCUCAGCCUGGUCCGCAGCUCCAGGCCCGAGCUGGAAGGCCGCACGCCCCUGGAGAAGAGCCUAACACACUCCUGGCUCACCUACCUCUCCACACACCUCUUCCGCUGCUCUACUCAUGAGGCCCUCAACACCUGUCUUCAGCACAUCAACAAGGAGCUGGAGAACCGAGCUUUCCUGUGCGGCUUCCACCCAACCAUUGGCGAUGUGGUGCUGUUCCUCGCCCUGCAUCCCUUUGUGGUCUCCUGGUCCUUCAUGCAUAAGGAGCAGUACCAGAACCUGUCCCGGUGGUUCAUCACGGUGCAGGGCGACAACACACUCUCCGCCACACACUCGCCGGUGCUCUUCUCCAGGACGACACUCUAUGGAGGCUCGGUUAGGGUCCAUUGACACUAUACUCGGCCCUCCUACUUCUUUUUAUUCCCUCUGAUAUUACUACUCUAUCCUACCUGUCAAUCAUUCUUGUUUCUCUUAGACUGUUCCUUUCUUUAUUCCUCAUCUUGGUUUUUCUUUCUCCAUUUAAACCAUCCCUUCUACUUCUUUUUCUUCCCUCUGAUAUUACUACUCUAUCCUACCCGUCAAUUAUACUUCUUGUUUCUCUUAGUCUGUUCGUCUUUCUUUAUUCCUCAUCCUAGUUUUCCUUUCUCCAUUUAUAUAAUCCUUUCUAGUUCUUUUUCUUCCUUCUGAUACAGCUCUCCUCAAUCAUCCUUCCCUUCCCUCAUAGCACAUUACAUCUUUUUUCUUGUUUCUUCCACUCUUUUCCCCACUACUUUGUCUCUCUUUCCUUUAUGCCAUACUUGUCCCUUCUGCUCCUUUUUCUUCCUUCCAAUAUAUACUUCUAAUAAUAUUGCUCUUCUUAAUCAUCCUUUCCUUACUUCAUUGCACAUUUCACCCUUUUUUCUUGUUUCUCCCACUCUUUUCCCCACUACUUUUUCUCUCUUCUCUUUCUGCCAUAGUUGUUCCUUCUGCUUCUUUUCCUUCCUUCUAAUACUUCUAUCCCUAUUGUUAUCCCACUUUCCUUUAGUAUAGUUCAGCUUUUCUUGUUUCUCUUGGUCUUUUUUCUCUCUCUAUUAUUCCUCCUCAUCAUCCUUCAACUUUUUUAUUAUUUCCCUUACUCCUUUCAUCUUUCUAUAUUCCUCAUUCUACUUGUUCUCCAUGGUUGUUUUGCUCUUCCGUUCACCUUCGUUUACUUCCUGCACUUUUCAUCAGCCUCUCUCUCUCUCUCCCCUUUUCUAACUUAUCUCCAUUCUAACACAUCAGCCAAUCCUCUGCCCCUAUUAUCCUCCCCGUCCUGCUUCACCCUCACAACCACCUUGCUCAGUGUCCCUCACAAUUGAAGGCACCCCCAAGUUUUCACUGCCUAUCUAACAACCUUGUGAAAUAAUUGUGAUGUUACAUAUUUAUUGAAAGGGAGUGUUUGAUGUGAUACUCUUUAGUGGACCACAGUCUUGUAUUGGGGUAGGAAAAAGGGAUCGCAAACCAUUUCUGUUUGUUUGACAGCUUUGUAGUAGUUCUUUUAAACAUGAAUGAGAUGGUCAGUGGGAGGCUCCUUACUCAAGACAUUUGUGUAAGUCUCUCUAAACUUUAUUCCCCAUCAAAGAUCACUCUUGAGACCAGAUUAAGUGGAUGUUACCAUUAAAAGCAUUACCGUUGAUGAGGUUUCAGGCCCCGGUCCGCCGCCGUAGAAGUGCUCCACAGGGCCGCUAACAUUAUAACAGUAAUAUCAGCUCCGAAAGUUGUCCUCAAUCCUCAUGUUUGUAAAGUCAUAGGAUUUACAUGUCUAGAGGUAUGAAUAUAACUGAUAAGAUGGCUGUGUGGAAGGCGAAAUAUUUAUGUGAGCGGGGGUGUUGGUGAGGUCACAAUGUUUUCUCUCAAGACUGUGGAUCAUCGCAAGUCAGACCCCAAGAGUAGAAAAUGGACUGUAAACAAAGAAGAAGAAGAACUGUUGACCACUUAUCCCCUUUGCCUAGGAAAUGGGGCGAUGGUCUACAAUGUUACAAGGAAGGUUUUAGAGGCAGUGCUGCAGGAAUAUGUCGAUCAUUGUCGUGUAAGGUCGUGACAAACUCCAGAGCGCUACCUAUACUUAUGCUCAUGAUUUUGUCCCGUCUUUGAGUAUACAGACAUUUUGAAUCA